CAAGAACUAACGACCUACGGGCUACAAGCAAGCCUAGACCCAUCAAAACUGCAAGAAAUCAAUCAUCACUCACUGAAACAAAAUCUUUUCUAAAACUAAAUGAGAGAAGAAGGAAUCAGCUCGUCGGGUGACCCCUUACUCUUCCGCAAUUCAUCUUCUCGUCCUCCUACACCUGCUGCAAGUUCUGCUGGGGCAUCGUCACCUGCGGUUGCCACGAAUGCUGGCAGUACAGACUGGUUGGGUCAUGGCCAGGGAUCCAAAGUGGGUUCCCUAUCCCGAAUCGGUUCACAGCCCAUGUGGAUUUCGUUAAGUGCAAGUGUCGGUGGUUCAGCUCUUGGAUCGUCUCAGCCUUCUUGUAGACCAUGGGAACGAGGUGAUCUGUUAAGGAGACUGUCUACAUUUAAGCCCGCAAAUUGGUUUGGAAAGCCUAAGGCUGCUAGUUCGCUUGCCUGUGCAAGAAGAGGUUGGGUAAACGUGGAUGUCGAUAAAAUCGAAUGCGAGUCUUGCUGUGCCACCCUCAAGUAUGUCGCACCGGAUUCAUGGACUCCUACAAAAGGUGGUAAUGUAGGAGAAGAAUUCGGCAAUCAGCUUGAUGAAGGACACAAAGUAAUUUGCCCAUGGAGAGGAAACAGCUGUGCUGAAAGCUUAGUGCAGUUCCCUCCAACGCCGCCAUCAGCCCUAAUUGGUGGUUACAAGGACCGUUGUGACGGAUUGUUUCAGUUUCUCUACCUACCAAUUGUGGCUGCUUCCACACUUGACCAGAUGAGGGUCUCUAGAGGCCCAGAAAUUGACCGCUUUUUGGUUCAGUCGCAUACUUUCGCCACAGGGGAAUCAGGUUUUAAGGCAGACAUCGCAUCUGGUUCAGAUAAUGCCAGAGAAGAGGCGUUAUGCAUAUAUUCACGUGCCCAGAAGCUGAUAAGCCUUUGUGGAUGGGAGCCGACAUGGGUUCGAAACGUUCAAGACUGUGAAGAGCAUUCGGCUCAAUCAGCUAGAAACGGAUGUUCUUUCAGUCCCAUUACAGAUUGUGCACCACCAGAAGACCGACAUCCUAACAAAAAACUGUUAUCGGCUUCAACCAAAAAGGGUCUCGAUAAGAACGAACAGUUUAGAGGGAGAUCACCUUUGCUCGAAUGUAGCUUAUGUGGGGCCACUGUCAGAAUCUUGAACUUUUUGACUGUCAACCGUCCUGCUCGUUUUGCCACUAAUAUUAACGACGUUCCCGAAACAAGCAAAAAAAUGGCUCUGACCCGUGGAGUGAGUGCAGCCAGCGGGAUAAACGGAUGGGUUGGCACGGACCCCAUGGAGAAAGACCAAAAUGACCUUGAUGAAGCGGCAACCACCGGGGAAGGAAAGUCGAUGUCGAAUAUUGGUGUCGAUUUGGAUCUUACGAUGGGGGGUGGGUUUUCUGGUGGAAAUACGCAGAAAACCGUGGUACCUGAACAUUACGAAGACGUAAAUAUCGGGAAAGAUCUUAUUAUCGGGCAGCCCACAAGUAGCGAGGUCGGUGAUCGGGCAGCAUCUUACGAAUCCCGAGGUCCGAGCACCCGCAAACGGAAUUUAGAUGAAGGUGGGAGCACUGUCGACAGACCACCGCAUGCCAUGAUGCAACAGGCGGAUAGUGUUGAGGGAAUUGUCAUUGACCGUGACGGUGAUGAAGUCAACGACAGUAAACAGUCAUCUGGCCCGUCUAAACGCGCGUGUGAGCGUGAGUCUCAUGUUUUUGAAUCGUAUAAACGAGACUCAUCUGGUGCGGGCCCUAGCCAAACGUUGUAUUUCGAUAUCGAACAAGAUGCUCACUUUCAUCCAUCUGCUAUUGAUUCCACGCGCGCUUCAUCCGUUAUUGCAAUGGAUAUGGUUUAUCAUGAUGAUGAUAACGAUUCAAUGGAAAGCGUCGAAAAUCGUCCCGGAAAUAUCGAUGAUGUUGAUGUUAACGAUCCGUCUGUGUCGGCUUUCAAAAGUCCUGAUCUAAACGACCCGUCAGAUUUAAAUUUUAGUAAUCAAGCCCAGCAGAGUAUCUGUCCCGCUUCGGUUCGGGCCCCGGGUGAGAUCGGGCUUAGCAGCACGAACGACGAGGAGGUAUUGAAUACCGACACUGCCACCGAACACCGGAGGGACGGUGGUCCGAGCCUCGCUAUUAGCGGCGGAAGUGUUGGAAUGGGGGCUAGCCAUGAAGCUGAAAUUCACGGUGCUGAAGCGUCCGUUCACAGGACUGAAAGUGUUGUCGGUGAUAUGGAACCACUGGCUGAAGUGACGGAAAACCAAGGUCAAAACGGUGAAUUUGCUACGGAUCCUGGAGUAAUGGGUGAUUUCGUGCCGGAAGAAAUGGAUCAAGAUCUGAUGUCGAGGUCCGUUGGAAGAGCAGAUAGCGGGUCAAAGAUUGUUGGGUCAACGAAGGCGGAAUCAGUUGAAAGUGGUGAGAAGACUAGUAAUAUGAAUGUUUUAGGGCCUGAGCAGAGCACCCACCCGUCUCUUUCUUGCAAUGCGGUUUUAUGUUCGGGGAUUGAAGCAUCAAAGGAUGAGGUGACACAGGCUGGAAAGUCGUCCCCUAAUGAUGAAUGUGGAUUCACAAAUUAUACGGUUGCCAAUGGGAUAGGUCCUCCAACUGGAGAAAGCAACUUUGAUGAAGCGGUGGAGUUUGAUCCAAUUAAGCAUCAUAAUUUCUUCUGUCCUUGGGUAAAUGGGAAUGUUGCUGCAGCUGGUGUUACCAAAAGUAAUGGUUCAAGUUCUAGUGCUAGUGCUUUAGCCCUUUGUGGAUGGCAGCUGACCUUAGAUGCUUUGGAUGGCUUCCAAACACUUGACCCGAAUCAGCCUGUUGAAUCUGAAUCUGCUGCUUCGUUGUACAAGGAUGAUCGUCAAAUUUCCAGUCGAAAGCGAAUGGCACAACAAUCUCUCAGCAGGAGCCAUGGCCAAUAGCCAUGCUUGUAUCUUGUGAUCUCCAUCAAACAUCUCUGGUCGUGUUACAAGAAGUUCAACCCUUGCCUUUUCAAUUUUCAUGGAGUAUGCUUUAGUAUGUACCUAGACCCCUAUAACAACAAAUUAAACGGUCUGCAUUGCCCUUCUAUCUAUUUCAAGUUUUAUUUCCUUGUUGCUUAUAGCAGAUUAUAAUAACGUGUCUUAUGAGACGCGAUAGGGAUUCACAGAAAGAUAUGGAGUAUUUUAUAUGUAGGAUAAUGACAUUGUUAAGAUGCUAGACACACAUUUGCUUUCUCUUUUCAGUCCAACUUUAUACAGAAGUUGUUAUAAUGGUUGUUUAUUA